UCAUACGUUGUUAUAUUUUACCCCCCUUUUCCAUGGCGACGGCACGGCGCGGUCAUCGAUAAGCGUCUCUGUACUAAGUACGCGAAGGAUUUUGUUGUCUACCUGGGGAGGAAAUCUGGAUUAACAGAUAAACUGUAAUGGCAAACUAACGCGUUUCUCUUUUUGGACGAGCGUGAACGGAUUUACACUCCGAAAACUCCGCAGAUGAAGAUGGUUGUGUGUGGAGGAUGCGCGGCGUCCUGGAGGAGGUGUGUGGUGAUGAGUCUCAGACUGCUGUUCCUUCUCCCCGCAGGUCUGCCUGUCCGCAGUCAAGGAGAAUCCCAAUCCGAUAACAAACAGAUGGAGAAUAUCACCAUCAGACAAGGAGAGACGCUCUUCCUCAGUUGCUCACAAGGGGACUUUGUGACACACACAGCGUGGCUGAACAGAUCAAGUAUACUGUACGCCGGAGAGGAUAAGUGGUCUGUGGACCCCCGGGUGAGUUUGGUUACUCUGAACCAAGAUGAGUUCACCAUCAAGAUUGAGGAUGUGGACUUGACAGACGAGGGCCUAUACAUCUGCGCGGUGCAGACUAGCAGCAGACCCAGGACCACUUCAGUGCACGUCAUCGUUCAAGUUCCUCCAAAGAUUGUGAACCUUUCAAAGGAUCUUGUGGUGAACGAAGGCUCCAACGUCACUCUGAUGUGCCUGGCUAACGGAAAACCAGAACCUGCCAUCGUCUGGAGAAUAAUAUCACCUUCAGAUGAGAGCCUAAGCUCAGACAAUGAGGUUCUGGAGAUUCCCUUCAUCAGCAGAUAUAGAGCAGGAGUGUACGAAUGCACCGCAGCGAACGACAUUGCAGUGGACACACAGACUGUUGAGCUCACAGUCAACUUCCCUCCCAGUAUUGCAGAUGGCAGAGAUGUUGGCGUGACCCUGGGUCAGAGAGGUGUCCUGCUUUGUGAGGCAGAUGCUGUACCCGAGGCAGAUUUUGAGUGGUACAGAGAUGACAGGAGGAUCUUCAAUGGCUUUGAUGGCAUUGAGAUCGAGAAUGACGGAGCAGUUUCAAAGCUGACUUUCUUCAACGUGUCCGAGGCAGACUAUGGCAAUUACUCCUGCGUCGCUGUCAACAAACUUGGGAGCGCUAACACAAGCAUCGUCCUAUACGAAAUAAUUGAACCCACUAGUUCAACGCUAUUGCAAGUGGAGACGGCUUCUGUUUUAGAAAUGACUUCAUCCAAUUUAGAGCACACAGCCUUUGAAAACAAUGAUUUUUUGGAAGGACCCGGAGCAGUUCAAGAUGGAAACAGCGGCACGUCUACGGUCUUCACACCCACCUGUCUACUUCUCAUCGUACUUCUACAUCUCUUGCUCAAGUUUUGAUGCCGAAGAUGUUUUCAGUGCAGAAAAAUCACUGUUUGUGUGACAUCGCUCUCGUCCUGGAGUCACAAAUCGUGCAUGGGUUACCAAAAAUGCCUGGAAAUGUGCAUGGGGUACCCAAGUACUUCCUUUUAAUGAAGUAAUCAUGCAUUUCUUGUGUUUAUUAUAGAGUUUAAUAAUGUAACUUCUCUUACAUUGCUAAUCAUCACACUGUUUUGCCCCAAGCGAAUACAGUUUUGUAUUCCGUGAAAGCAAAUGGCAGAGAGAGGCAUGUCUAAUUUGAAAUAUUACAUUUUAUUUAUUUUUGUGACUGUCAUUUUAAUUUAACUCUGUAACUUCUUAAGAAUUCAUAUAGAAUACAGUGUGGUAGGGGAAUAAUUCAAGUCAAAGGCAUGCGAUAAGAAAGGGACCAUUUUAUUUUGAAUCGUCACUGUUUUUUUACUAUACAGCAAAAUCAAAAAAACGCAGCAAAAAAGACACAAUCACACGUUUUUGCUCUGUAAUAAUCACAUCGUGUUUCGUUUCGAGUACUUCUAAUCUGCAUUUUAGCAUUUAACACUCACCAAACCGAAAACAAUGCGAUACACACCAGGUUUUAUUUCGAUUGUUUUGACGAACAGAAUGACACAGUUGGACUAUGCAGAACCAAAAGCUCUAUAAUUCUUUCUGUUUACACCACAAAUGAUGAGUAAUGUUAGUAUAUAUGGGAUGACAAUAUAUGAAUCAAGGUUGAAACAUGUUACAUUUGGAGCUUUCAAGUUAUUGGAUCCGUUAUGAGAGCCUAAAGAGCAAUCUGCUAAUAUCUGUCGAUUUUUAGCUGUAAAGUUGUUUUUUUUUCCAGACAAACUUGACAUCAAAUGUUUUUUUUAAUUACAAUGGCAGUUUUUUUCUUGAAAAUCCAGAUUUUGAGUUGUACAAACCAAACCGGGCGCUUAAAUGCUCUUUAUUUAAACAUGUCUCGUAAUCGUUCCCGCUAACUUCUCUGUGUGUGUGUGUAUAUGCAUAUAUCUAACUUGUACAAAGGGAAAAUAUGCACACUUGUUUUUACUAAAAUUGUGAACCUGUUUAAAACAAUGCAACACAUUUUCUAUUUUUUGUUAUUCCCUUUUUCAGAAGCUGUGUAAUUUAUUUCUCAAAGGGUAUUAUAGUAGAUGCAAGCUGAGUGUGAAAUCUGAUGUCUAAAUAUUGUGCUUUUGGGAAAAGCAGAUAAGACUCAUUUGUCCGUCAUCAUUUCAUCAUGAGCAGAUGUCCUGUUACCGUCCACAUUCUGGAGGGGGGAAAAGAAAAAAAAACUGACCGUCGCAGUAUUACGGUGUUCGAUUUUCUUCUCUUUUGUUGGAAUCUUUAGGAUUUAUGCCUAAUGUUUUCAUUUCAUCCCCAAUCUGGUUAAAGGAAUAGUUCAGCCAAAGAUGAAAAUUGUCAUUAAUUCACCGUCAAAAAAAAAAAAAAAAAAAAUGACCAUGGAAUUCUGAUUAAUCAUAAGUAACUAUUCCUUACU